AUGUCAAGCGCAAAUAGCAUCAAGGUUGUGGCCCGAUUCCGCCCACAAAACAGAAUCGAAAUCGAGUCGGGCGGCCAGCCCAUUGUUAGCUUCGAUGGGGACGACACGUGCGUCAUAGAUUCUCGAGAAAACCAGGGCGCCUUCACCUUUGAUCGCGUGUUUGAUAUGUCAUGCAAGCAAUCGGACAUUUUCGACUUCUCUAUCAAGCCCACGGUCGACGACAUCCUCAACGGCUACAAUGGAACCGUCUUUGCCUAUGGCCAGACGGGCACCGGAAAGUCGUACACCAUGUAUGGGCCGGAUCCUACCUUCAAGUGCCUCAGCCCGGACACCGAGGUCCGUACAACCGAGGGUGACAAGCCCAUUCGAGACAUCACCAUCGGCACAAAGCUGUUCGGCAUCGACGGUCUUCCCGUCCUCUGCACGGCCGUGGACGACAUCAAGACAAGCUCGACUAUGAGAACCAUCAAGUACAGGGCGUGGAACUCAUUUGCGGAGACCUCUUUCGAGUGCACGUCGGACCACGUCCUGGCUCUUCAGGCUUGGGGUGUCCGACCUUACCUGCGUGCACACAAGAAGGAGAAGGAGAAGCGCAGGGUCAUAUGGUUCACACGAUGCGAUCGGACCGAGCUCGUGCGAGAGGCUACUGAUCUCCAAUGGGAUAAUCUACUAUAUCGGCUGUAUACUGAGGUAUGCCACAAGCUGGGUCGCCGUUCAACUGAUUCCGAGGCGCAUGAGUACAUCGAUGAAGGCAUAGACAAGUUUAUUGCCGAUCUAAGCUUAGACUCUCCCUCUUCUCCCGCCGAAUCGGGCUCAGAUUCUCCUUUCGGUCUCGCCUUCGAGUUAUUCAAUAGUUCAGUCCCGCCCGCUGAACUGUCAACUCUUGACAACGACGCACUCAUCCCGCUUCUCCGUGCCCGGCUGCACGUUUGCAUGGGCGAGCAGCUUGAGCGCCUUAUGCCCGAGCAAGACGAGAUACCUGACAAUGAUGAGCCCGAUCUCACUGUCGAUCUUGAUGAUUUUGCCGAGGCCCCAGAUGAGCACACUGGCGUGGCACUGGGUGAAUCUGGUAGCCCUUCGCGUAAAUUUAGAAAGCUGCAGUUUUCCUCGUCCAUCCACGCGUCCGACCCCUCAUGGCGUGCGUCCACUGCCGUGCCGUCGUCUCCGCCUACGAAUCCGAACGAGAGUCAGCCCAAGACAGCUCAGGACGAAAACCAACCCGGAGAGUCUCAAGGCUCUUCCUUUGCAGACACUUUACAGAUGGUCCGUAAGGAGGAUCACCUACAAAAGUUUGCUGCGGUGCGAGAGCAGCUAAAAACGAACUGCUCUCAUGCCGGAGGACCAUGCAAGGCCUUUCGGACCAUUUCCGUCAAUUUCGCCAACCAAGAUCAAGCUGAGCUUGCUCUCGAGCUACUAUCCGGGGACCAUUACCGUGUGGUCGACCCCUAUGCUGUCCAGCACGGCGAUCUCUUCACUAUGACUGUGGACGAGUACGAGACCUCUUGCCAGGGUGAAUUGGCCAAGAACAAGCGGAACCUCAAGCUGUUUCGGGCACCGACGCGGUCUAUCCCCUCGCAGGCGACUACGGCCAAUCUGCCCGUCGAUCCAUACUUCCUCGGGUUUUGGCUCGGCGAUGGAGACAAGGAAUCUGCCUCUGUCAUAAGUUCGGACUUGGAGAUCAAGUCAUACCUUCAGGCAAUGGUUGACCGUCUGAACAAGACCCGUCCGGACACUGCCGCCCCGAUGCACAUCACCGAACAUGUCAAGGUUUGGGCGGGUGACACAUGGAACAUCAACGGCAGAACGGGGAUCAACAAGGUGACCACCUGCCAGUGGAACAUUGCAACACCGAAUACUAGUGCAUGGUGGGAUCCUGUCCGUACCGGGCUACGCGACUUAGGGUUCAUGGUCGACAACAAACGCGUCGGUAUUCCCGAUGCGUACAUGAACGCAGAUGAGGAUACGCGCCUGGCUGUCCUCGCGGGUCUGCUGGAAUCAGACGGCACUUACGUGGGCGAUGGCAAUGGGGGCACGUACGUGUUCACGCAAAGCACGGAAGAGCACAAGAAGAUCGUCGAGGAUACCCGUAAGCUUGCACUUUCAUGCGGGAUCCAGUGCAGCCCCAUUACCGAGACCAAGCACGAAAACGGGUCGCCAAAGUUGAGGUUCGCCAUGACGAGGGGUAGCGAGAGAUUUCAACAUCACCUGCUGCUCCCUCGCAAGAAGAUGGGGGCUGCAAGGUUUUCAGAUCGCGUCAAUACGAACGCCCACAUCUUCGACGUCUCAGGGCAUCACGAGGGAGAAUACCGCGCGAUCGAGGUAUCCGGCGGCCUCUUCCAGCUGGCAGAUCACACUGUUGUGCACAACUGCACUUCCAUGACGGGCACCAACAUUGACGACAACGACGGUAGGGGCGUUAUCCCGAGAAUUGUCGAGCAGAUUUUCGCCAGCAUCCUGUCUAGCGCCGCCAAUAUCGAAUACACGGUCCGCGUCAGUUACAUGGAAAUCUACAUGGAGCGUAUCCGUGAUCUGCUCGCCCCGCAAAACGACAAUCUCCCCGUCCACGAGGAGAAGAACCGGGGCGUCUACGUCAAGGGGCUCCUGGAGAUUUAUGUGUCGAGUGUGCAAGAGGUCUUUGAGGUUAUGCGGAGGGGUGGCAACGCGAGGGCGGUCGCCGCAACCAACAUGAACCAGGAGUCUUCGCGUUCGCAUUCGAUAUUCGUCAUCACCAUCACGCAGAAAAAUGUCGAGACAGGCUCGGCAAAGAGCGGACAGCUCUUUCUGGUCGAUUUGGCAGGUAGCGAAAAAGUUGGAAAGACGGGUGCUAGUGGCCAGACGCUGGAGGAGGCAAAGAAGAUCAACAAGAGUUUGAGCGCCCUCGGCAUGGUCAUCAACUCUCUUACCGACGGCAAAUCGUCGCACAUCCCGUACAGAGACUCGAAGCUCACCCGUAUCCUGCAAGAGUCACUGGGUGGCAACAGCCGGACGACGCUAAUCAUCAACUGCUCUCCGAGCAGCUACAACGACUCCGAAACUCUGAGCACCCUCCGCUUCGGCAUGAGGGCCAAGUCGAUCAAGAACAAGGCCAAGGUCAACGCGGAACUCAGUCCAAAUGAACUCAAGGCGAUGCUGGCCAAAGCCAAGACACAGGUUACGACCUUUGAGAAGUACAUCUUCAAUCUCGAGGGCGAGGUGCAAGUAUGGCGUGCUGGAGAUACUGUGCCGAGGGAGAAAUGGGUCCCGCCGUUAGGUACGGACGGUGUCGCGGGAGUGAAAUCGGAAUCUCGGUCCGCUCGGCCCUCGACGCCCUCGCGACUGCUGCCCGAGAGGGCUGAGACACCAGCCAUCUCGGAACGCGCUGGAACUCCUAGUCUGCCGCUUGAGAAGGAUGAGCGGGAAGAGUUCCUGCGCCGUGAAAACGAGCUCCAGGACCAGCUCGCCGAGAAAGAAACAGUGGCUGCCACCAUCGAGAGGCAGCUGCGGGAAACAAAGGAGGAGCUCGCCGUCUUGAAAGAGCACGAUGGCAGGCUGGGCAAGGAGAAUGAGAGACUGACCAGUGAAGGCAACGAGUUCAAGAUGCAGCUAGAACGGCUGGCGUUUGAGAACAAGGAAGCGCAGAUCACCAUGGAUGGCCUGAAGGACGCCAACUCGGAGCUGACGGCCGAGCUUGAUGAAGUAAAGCAACAGAUGCUAGACAUCAAGAUGAGCGCCAAGGAAACGAGUGCUGUGUUAGACGAGAAGGAGAAGAAGAAGGCGGAGAAGAUGGCUAAGAUGAUGGCGGGCUUCGACCUCACUAGCGACGUCUUCAGCGUCAAUGAGAGGUCGGUUGCAGAUGCCAUUUCUCAGCUUGACGCCCUAUACGAAAUAAGCUCAACCGGUGAUCCCAUCCCGCCCGACGAUCUCAAGGCUCUGAAGGAAAAGCUACUUGAGACGCAGGGCAUUGUGCGGCAGGCCGAGCUGUCCACGUUCAGUGUGGCAUCAAGCGAGGCAGAAGCUCGCAAGAGAGCCGAGCUGGAGGCUAGGUUAGAAGCUCUGCAACAGGAGCACGAAGAUAUCCUCACCCGGCAACUCGGAGACGAGGACAGGGAGGAGGUCAAGGCCCUCCUCGCAAAGACGCUUUCGAAUAAGUCGAGCGCCCAGGUCGAGCUGGUCGAGGAGAUGAAGGCCGACAUCGUCCUCAGGACGACCGAGAACGAGCGCCUCAAGGCCCUUGUUGAAGACCUGCAGCGCCGUGCCAAGACCAACGGCCCGGCUGUGGCCAUGCCGAACGGCAAGACGGUGCAGCAGCAGCUGGCCGAGUUCGACGUGAUGAAGAAGAGCCUGAUGCGCGACCUACAGAACCGCUGCGAGCGCGUAGUCGAGCUGGAGAUCUCCCUGGACGAGACGCGCGAGCAGUAUAACAAUGUGCUCCGUAGCAGCAACAACCGGGCGCAGCAGAAGAAGAUGGCGUUCCUCGAGCGCAACCUCGAGCAGCUGACGCAGGUCCAGCGUCAGCUCGUCGAGCAGAACUCGGCCCUGAAGAAGGAGGUGGCCAUCGCGGAGCGCAAGCUGAUUGCGCGCAACGAGCGCAUUCAGAGCCUCGAGAGUCUACUGCAGGAGAGCCAAGAAAAGAUGGCGCAGGCGAACCACAAGUUCGAGGUCCAGCUCGCGGCCGUCAAGGACCGCCUGGAAGCGGCCAAGGCCGGCAGCACGCGCGGCCUCGGCUCGCCCACUGGUCUCGGAGGCUUCAGCAUAGGAAGCAGGAUCGCGAAGCCCCUCCGCGGAGGCGGCGAGCCGGCCGCCGCUACCAACCCUACGAUUGCGAGCCUUCAAAAUAACCCACCCGAGAAUAAGAGAUCGAGCUGGUUCUUUCAGAAGUCGUAA